GCUACAUUGGACGAAGGUUAAAAGGUCAUACGAAAUAAUAUAUUGGCCAGAGUUAACUUUGUCACGAACAUUUAAGUUCUCUAAAAAAGCAUCUUUUUAAAUAAGUUUAUCGCCAAUUAAGUGCAGGAACCAUGGCUCGUAAAUUUUUUGUGGGCGGAAAUUGGAAAAUGAAUGGAAAUAAAAAUGAAAUUAAUAAUAUCGUUAAUUUCUUGAAGGCGGGUCCUCUUGAUGCAAAUGUUGAGGUGGUCGUUGGAGUACCGUCUAUUUAUUUAACUUACACAAAGAGUAUACUUCCAAACAACAUAAGUAUUAGUGCUCAAAAUGCAUACAAAGUAGAAAAAGGAGCAUUUACUGGUGAAAUCAGUCCUGCUAUGCUUCUAGAUAAUGGAAUUCCGUGGGUGAUUCUAGGACAUUCGGAAAGAAGGAACGUUUUUGGCGAAACGGACACACUGAUUGCCGAAAAAGUGGCUCAUGCAUUGGCUGCCGGUAUAAAGGUCAUUGCUUGCAUUGGAGAGAAACUGGAAGAAAGAGAAGCUGGAAAGACUGAAGAAGUUAUAUUUCUACAAAUCAAGGCUAUUGCUGAUAAAAUAAAAUCUUGGGACAACGUUGUUUUAGCAUAUGAGCCAGUUUGGGCAAUCGGAACAGGGAAAACAGCAACACCGCAGCAAGCCCAGGAAGUUCACAACAAAUUGAGACAAUGGUUUUCGAAAAAUGUUAGUCCUGCAGUGUCUGAAUCUUUAAGAAUUAUAUAUGGAGGAUCUGUAACUGCAGACAACGCUAAAGAUUUAGCUAAAGAAAGUGAUAUAGAUGGCUUUUUAGUAGGUGGGGCGUCAUUGAAUUCAGGUUUUGUCACAAUUAUAAAUGCGAAGCAAUAAAAAGUAAACUUGAAUAGUGUAAUUUACUGUGAAAUUCAUUAUUCUCUACAAUUUACUUGUUAGAAUUUCGUUUACGAGUCGCAUUGUAUUUACAAUAAUAAAAAUUGGAAUUGAUACUAAAAGUUAAAUAAAAUAAAAUACUGGGACAA